CCCGGGCCUGCUUGGCAGAGCUGGCCCAGCACGGCCCUAGGGGGACCGAGCCCAGGGACCCUCCCUAAGGCCACUGUCUGUCCCAGCUGUGUGAGGUGGGCACAGAUGAUCUGGCCACGUCGCUGGACGCCGCCUGUGAUGUUGCCUGCUUGAUGUUUGAUGGCAGUGACCCAAAGUCCUUUGCACAUUGUGCCAGCGUCUACAAGGCUGACCUGCCCGAAGGUGGUGUGCCGGUUGGCCCAUCGCCAGCCGAGUUUUGCCGCAAGCACCGGCUACCAGCUCCUGUGCCGUUCUCCUGUGCUGGCCCAGCCGAGCCCAGCACUGCCGUCUUCACCCAGCUUGCCACCAUGGCCACCUUCCCACAUUUGGUCCACGCAGAGCUGCAUCCCUCUUCCUUCUGGCUCCGGGGCCUGCUGGGGGUUCUCGGGGCCGCCAUGGCCGCAGUGCUCAGCUUCUCGCUCUACAGGGUCCUGGUGAAGAGCCAGUGAGGCCCCUGGUACCUAAGUCCCCUCCCCUGAUGGUGUGGCUCACUGCUGGGGCUCUGCAGGGGCAGCACAGCUGGGGUGCAGGCCAGGCUGCCACUCUGGGGAUGCCCUUCUGCCCAGACUUUUUGUUUCUGAAGGCAGUCGGUCUGCAGCAGGGCCUCAGGCUGCCAUGCACUGUCCUGGCUCCUGCCAGACCCCCAGGGUGGGCCGUGGCAGGUGGCUGAGCAGGAGCUCCCGAGUGCUGGCCACCGCUGUCAGGGGUUGCCCACCUCUGGGCAUCAUGUGUGUUGGGCUGGGGAGCACAGGUGUGGGAGCCGGUGACCCCAGACCCGGAAUUCUCAGGGCUCUACCCCCCUUUCCUGAUCCUGGGUGGCCAGUGGGUGUGAAGAGGGCUGGAAGGCAGAGCUUUGGGCCAAAAGCAGGCAUUGGGGGGGUUCCCCCCUCAAGUUUGGAGCUAUUUCUGUGAUUGCAGCAGGGACUGGAGGUUGGGUUCCUGAUUAAACUUCACUGUGUCUUUUCCAUCUGGGAUCCCAGUCUCUGAAGACAACUUGCCUUGAUUCAACCUA